GGAAGAGAGUUUAUCUGGUGAAAGAGCGAGAAAAAAACCACCAAACGGCUAUAAUUGACGUUACAGGUUUUAUUCUCUCCUUCCCCCAAAAUCACAGCCCCGCACUAGGAGAAGAGAAAGAGAGAGGGAGAGAGAGAGAUACAGAGAGGACGCAACAACCCCACGAACCAUCGUCUCGCUUCGCCUCGCCUCGCCGCCGAUAUCUUUCCACCGGCGAUUUUCGGGUGUUUCCCAUUCCUUUCUUUUUUCUUAUAUAGAAAAUUCUUGAUCUGGGUGUUGACGAUCCAACGGAGUUGUUGCCGGAAAGAGAGGAUUGAAGCAGCAUUCGUGUUUGUUUCAAUCCUUAAUCGUCGUUGCUCCUCACGAUGUCCGAUGGUUAUUACAGCUCCAAGAAGACUGAUGAUAUUUGUGAGGACGUUUGUGGUCAGCAGGCAACUCGUGCAGCCUUUGGUAUGUCAAGACUUCGCUGUGUUCUUCGAGGGAUAGAUAUGAAGACAUACCUAUUUCUGUUUGUUGUCAUCCCAGUAGGGAUUUGCGGCAUUUACUUGCACGGACAGAAGAUCACCUAUUUCCUUAGACCCCUAUGGGAAUCCCCUCCGAAGCCUUUUCAUGUAAUUCCGCAUUAUUAUAACGAGAACGUGUCAAUGGAAACUCUUUGCAAACUCCAUGGAUGGCGAAUCCGUGAGUUCCCGAGGCGGGUCUAUGAUGCCGUUCUGUUCAGUAAUGAGGUUGACAUUCUGACGAUUCGGUGGAAGGAAUUGUAUCCUUACAUAACAGAAUUUGUACUGCUUGAGUCAAACUCGACAUUUACUGGACUACCCAAGAGGUUGCUUUUUAAAAAAAAUCGAGAUAAGUUUAAGUUUGUUGAGCCUCGGCUGACUUAUGGUACAAUUGGAGGAAGGUUUAGAAAAGGAGAGAAUCCAUUUGUUGAAGAGGCUUAUCAGAGAGUUGCUCUAGACCAGCUUCUUAGGAUUGCUGGCAUUGAGGAUGAUGACUUGUUGAUCAUGUCAGACGUGGACGAGAUCCCUAGUGCCCACACGAUCAAUCUUCUCAGGUGGUGUGAUGACAUCCCACCUAUUCUUCAUUUGCAGCUGAGGAAUUAUUUGUACUCUUUUGAGUUCUUCGUAGACAACAAAAGCUGGAGAGCAUCGGUCCACAGGUAUCAAUCUGGUUAUACGAGAUAUGCGCACUUUAGACGGACUGACAACUUGUUGUCCGAUUCGGGUUGGCAUUGUAGCUUCUGCUUUCGCCACAUAACUGAGUUCAUAUUCAAGAUGAAAGCUUACAGCCACUGUGAUCGGGUUCGAUUCUCUCAUUAUCUGGAUCCGACAAGGGUUCAGGAUGUCAUCUGCAAAGGGGCUGAUCUAUUUGACAUGCUUCCUGAAGAAUACACGUUUAAAGAGAUAAUCAGGAAGAUGGGGCCCAUCCCUCAUUCUCACUCAGCUGUUCAUCUCCCUGCCUAUUUGUUAAACAAUGCCGAGAAGUACAAAUAUUUGCUGCCAGGGAACUGCAAGAGAGAGAGUGGCUGAGUAACUUCCUUAGAAUAUGAGGUGGCUUUUGUCGGCAAGUUUGGAAGGUUGGAAGGUGAAGAUGCUUUGGGCACAAGAAAACAGCUCCCUAGGAAGAUUGUCGAUUACGAUCUCGGGGAUUUAAUACCGGCAACCCAUGCACCUCCUAAACCUCAUGUGUCAUUCUUUAGCGAGGCAUUUGAAGAACUUGCAUGUUCCCAAGACUGUGUGGGGGGACUCAUUUUACAUUCGUUUCGGGACUCGAGUUCUUUGAGUGCCGGAUUUGGGGCAUAUCAUGCUUCGGGGUUUUUGGAUAUUGACGUCGGAGGUGCUAAUUCGCCCUGAGCCUUGCAAGAUUGCAUACCACCUCUUGUAGGUAUUGCUAGAUAUCUCCUGUCUAUAAGCUAGGUUAGUUCAUUCAGCAUUUUUCCCACCAUUCUCUGCUGGGAAUUUCAUUGCAUUAGUCUAAUCUAAAUCCAUUUUUUGUACCAUCAGAUGACUAUCAGCGAUAGGAUGCUGAUUAAUUCUUUACAUUCUUCUUGCAGAGUAGUGUAUGCAUUAUCUCCAUUUCUCCUCUUGUUUCUUUAUCCGGUGUCCUUGUACAUGUUGUAUGUAGUUUGAUUUGAUGAGACUUAUGGUUGGAUGACAGGCUGUAAUUGUUAACUUCACAUGCAAUGUGGGUUCCCUGUU